CAGCGUGUGAGGCUGGCUUGGCUCAAGUUCUGCCCGCUUCGCUUUGGCUGCAAGUUACGCGCACCAGCAGCAGCCGCGCUCGCUGCCCUACUGUGACUCAACAGGGCGUGGAGGUGGUGGUGCUGGUGGCGGCUGCCCUUUCCCCCGCGACAUCAUCACACCGGCUCCUCCAGAGGCAUCAGCAGUAGCAGCUGCGCAGCCGCCCGCCCUCCCCUUCUUUCUCUCUCUCCUCCUCCCUCCCUCUUUCUCGCCUUUCUUCCCCGCCCGCGCCAGGCAAGCCCCAGCCUUUCCCCCGCUCGCUUCUUCUUUUCGCCUGGCAGUUGUGCGCUCUCAUUGUUCCCGCAAACGAGCCCCGGCAAGAAGCGGCGAGCAGCCCCGCCAGAGCAAGCAUGGACGACCCAGACCAAUCCUCCCUGGUCUCUUCCUCCGCCAGCCCAGCAGCGGGGCAAGAGCGGCGGCAGCCGCCGCCCCGUCAAGGGUACCCCUUCCAGUACCAGUUUGAGAGGGAGCCCGAACAGGAGGAAGACGAAGACGAGGAGGAGGAAGAGGAGGACGAUGAGCGGCUGGAAGUGAGGGAGAGGAAGCCCGCCGCCCCCGCCCCGCCUCUGCUGGACCUGGGCGCCUCUGGGGAGCAGCCCCCCGCCCGGCCCCCGCCUGCCCCACAGCCCGUCUGGACCAGCCACCCCAUCGUCUCCUCCUCCUCCUCUUCCUCGUCUCCCUUUGCUGCCGCCGCAGAGUUUGCCUCCCCUGAAGAGAAGGACAAGGAGCCGCCCCGCAGCGCCCCGCCGCCGCCACCACCCCCGCACCGGGAGGAUCCCCCGGCCCCCGCCGUCCCUCCCCGCAGCGCCCCGCCGCCGCCGCCCAAGAGAGAGGAGCCCCCCGCCGCCGUCGCGCCCAAGAGGGGUGCCGCCGCCUCUGGCUCUCCGGAUGAGACCCUUUUUGCUCUUCCUGUUACAUCUGAACCUCUGAUGCCCUCUUCUGCAGACAAAGGCAUGGAUUCGCAAGAACAGCCGGGUCAUGUGCCCUCAGCUGGCCCCGAAGACUUUGCUGCUGUCCCGCUUGACGCUACUGCUUCUCUUCCCUCCCUCUCUCCUCUCUCCGCCAAUCCUUUUAAAGAGUAUGCAGCCCUUGAGACAGUGUCACAUGGACCAUCUGCCAAACGCAGUUAUGAUCAAGUUGAGAUUGAGGCAUUUGAAACAGCUGCCAAAAAUGUACGCAACCCAUUCCUUGCAGCUGAUGAUGGCGACGCUCCAGAAUCAAAGCAUUCAGGAGUGUUCCCCCCAUUUUCUGGAGCAGCAUUGUUCUCUCUCUCUCAGACUGAGGAGCCAGUGGACACGAAAGUUAGGUCCGACACAGGAAAAUUCCCUGCACACCAGCAGGACUCAUCCCCAGACUCUCCUGUUGAAUUAUUUGCAAAGCAGGAUAAAGAGGUGUAUUUUGAGAAUAGGAAAUAUGAUGCCGAUGAUCAUGCUGAGAAAGUUGAUUUCAUAGACGACUAUUCUGCAAGGGAUGAGUACGUGGAUUUCAAGCCUUUUGAACCAACGUGGGCUAGUAAUGAGAUGAAUGCUUGGAAAGAUUCCGCUAGGAAUCAGGGGGAUGGCAAAUUAGAAAGUGGCAUAGAUAAAUAUGAUGUGGAGAAAGCUAAGACUUUGUCUUCACAAAAAGACUCUGAAAAAGAGAGUGAAAGCAGCAAUGAAGACAUUUCUUUCCCAAGCACUCCAGAGGCGACAAAAGAGUCUUUAGAAGCUUAUAUUACUUGUGCCAAGAUUGAAUCGGCCGCGACAGUCGAGGGCAGUGCACCCAAGCCUCUGCCUCUGGUGGAGGAACAGGCUUCUGAAAACAAAACGGAUGAGAAAAAGAUAGCAGAAAUGAAGGCCCAUCUUGGCACUGAACCAAGUGGUGUCCACACAGAGUUGGUAGGUGGCCAGGGCCAGAAAGCGGAUUCAGAGAAGGCAGAGAGUCUGCCGAAGUCCCCUGUGGAUGCUGCAGCUAAUACGUCUGAAGGCCUCACUCCAGAUUUAGUUCAAGAAGCCUAUGAGAGUGAACUGCAUGAUGCAAUCAGCCCCAAGCUUGCUUAUGAAACAAAGAUUGAUCUGGUUCAAACAUCUGAGCUGUUGCAAGAGCCUUUGAAUGCUGCAGCCCAGCUUUGUCCCUCCUUUGAAGGAGGGUCGGAAACGACUCCAUCUCCUGUCUUGCCAGAUAUAGUUAUGGAAGCACCGUUGAACGCAAGCACUGUUGGGUCGGGUGGUCCUAUCGUGCAGCUUGAAGCCUCUCCAUUAGAAACUGCUGCCUCCGCUGCUGCUGCCACCGCCGCUGAGGACUAUGAGAAUAUAUUGCAGAAGUCUGAGAAGCCUCCGUCCUAUCAGGAGGCAAUGAAUGUACCAGCCACCCAAGCACAGGAAACCAAGGUUGAUGCUGCUACUAAGGAACCAGAGUAUAAGAAUGCUCCAGAAAACUUGGAGACUUCUUAUAUCUCCAUUGCAUGUGACUUAGUCAAAGAAACCAGUGUCCCUGGCUCUGCUUCUCCAGCCUUCACAGAUUAUACCAAGAUGGCUGAAUGUGUUUCCCAACCUGUGCCUGAACAUACCAAGCAUUUUGAGGCUGCGUUGCUGCCAUCUGGGGAAAGUGGCUUGUUUGGUACUCGGAAAGAACUUGCUAUUGAUCAGAAAGAGAGAGAAGCCGUGACAGACAAACCCCUGGAAACUGCGACCAAGAUUGUACCAGAAGGAGGUCAGGAGGAGAAACGUGAGGUGUCCUUACCUUCCAAGCCCUACUUGGAGUCCUUCCAGCCUCAACUGGAACCUUCCAAAAAUGUGUCCACUGCUUGGUUUCUGGAAGGGGAGACUGCAGACUUAGCCAAGAAGGAAAAGACUCCCCAGCUGCACAUGGAAGAAUUCAAGACUUAUUCAGAUGCUUUCCCUGUUUCUAAGGAACCCCAAAUGUCAGACAAUAGUGUGCCACCUGAAGAAUCGUCCCCAGAGACCGAAGACUUCCCCACAAGCCCUUAUGAAGCUGCUAAGUUGGUGACAGAAGCUAUAGAAAAAAGCGCAUUACAGGAAAAUGAAAGUAGAGAGACUCUUAGCGCAGUCAAAACAGAGGUGAGACAGUUGCCUUACCAAGAAGUAGCACAGGACCUGUCUUUAAAGAAUGUACAUGUCAAAGCUGAAGAGCAAGAACUUGCCUUGGAAAAGCCCUCUGACAAGGUGGACAGAGAAGUGCCUGAAGCCCCUAAGAAGCCCUCACUACCUGCAGAUGUUCCUCCUUUGCCUGCAGAAAGGGAGGUAGUCAGUGUAGGAAAGGAAGCUGAGAGAGGAGUUGCUUCUGUUAAAGAAAAGGAGAAAUUUCCCCCUAUGUUACCAUCAAAGCUGAGUAAACCUUCAGUUGUUGACCUCCUCUACUGGCGAGACGUGAAGAAGACGGGUGUGGUGUUUGGAGCCAGCUUGUUCCUGCUCCUUUCGUUAACCGUGUUCAGUAUCGUGAGUGUGGUCGCUUACAUCGCCUUGGCCCUCCUCUCGGUGGCCAUCAGUUUUCGGAUAUACAAGGGAGUUAUCCAGGCCAUCCAAAAGUCUGAUGAAGGCCAUCCGUUCAGGGCUUACUUGGAUAAAGAUGUCGCUGUGUCUGAGGAACUGGUCCAAAAAUACAGCCACGUUGUGCUUGGCCACUGCAACAACACAGUUAAGGAGCUCAGGCGCCUCUUCCUAGUGGAUGACUUGGUGGAUUCCCUAAAGUUUGCCGUGUUGAUGUGGGUGUUCACCUAUGUUGGUGCCUUGUUCAAUGGUCUGACAUUGCUGAUACUGGCCCUGGUUUCACUCUUCAGUAUUCCUGUUAUUUAUGAAAAGCACCAGGCUCAAAUUGACCAUUACCUGGGACUUGUGAAUAAGAAUGUCAAGGAUACAGUGGCAAAGAUCCAAGCUAAAAUCCCUGGGCUGAAGCGCAAAGCUGAAUGAAAACCCUGCAACAACUUUUCUUAAAUAGGAGUUCAUCUUUUACGUGGGGAGGGCAGGCAUAUUCAUUUGGAUUACGUGGGGAGGGUCAGGGAAUAGCAAAACCUUGACAUUGCAGUGCAAUUUCACAGAUCUUUAUUUUUUAGCAACGCAGUGUUUCGAGGAGGAAAAAAAAUAACCUGUUCUCGACUGCCAUGUGUGUUCAUCAUAAGUAUUGUCAGCUGCUAUGUAUGGAUUUAAACCUAAUCCUCUUUGCUUCUCCCGUGUGCAGCACUGGUUAACACAACAGAUUGGAGAGCUGUACAUUUUAUGCUUGGGUCAAGGUAGUCUUGCUGUGUUUCCGAGAGAACCUCGUGCAAGCGGAGUGCAGGGAGAACACUUCAGUUUAGCACUGUCUCUGGUCUGUGUAGAUGGAUUGCAGAUUUUCUAAAAUGAGAUGUUUAGAAGAAUAUGCCAUUAAAGCAAGCUUGAAAAGCCUUGUCUUUUUUGGCAUCGAGUGUAGCUGUAUUGUGCUUUUUAAUUUUACUGUUUUAUCAAUUGCCAAUAUAAAAAUUAUAUAUAUAUAUAUAUAGUGUUUCACAGCCGCUUAGGAUGUCCAGCUCCUCCCACAGUGCUUGAAAUAUCAGAGAACUGAACUGGGUUUUUUAGCUCCAUGGUAUGUAAGCUUUCAAAUCUUCAGAAAACACUAGCACCUAUUAAAUAAAUGAAAACCAACUCUCUGCAUAUUACACAAUUUCUGCCAUAACCUUUGCUGCACAAAUCUCCUAUAGUCUGUUUUGAGUAAACAAGUUUACAGCCUCUCAAACUCUGAAUCUGUGGAAGGAAUGUCUGAAGGUGUGACCCGGAGAUCCUUGGAGGUGGAGCAAGGAACACCUGGCAUGCUUGUUCUCCACUGUGCAAGGGAUCCUUGGCAUCUGUGCAUGGAUCAGCGCAAUGCGCCCUGAUGCUGCAAAUGUUGUUUGGGAAUUUCGAACAUUUGUUAAUGCAAGAAAUCACAAAUGAAAAUGUAUACACUUGCAGUUUAAGCUGUAUUGAACUAAGUCUGUGGAAUGCAUUGUGAAAUGUAAAAACUCAAGUAUCAAUAAAGCGUAUAGAAUUAAA